AUGUUUGCGAAUUUCCUCUUGUUUUGUCCAUUGGCCCAGCAGGGUGGGGGCUCUCUCAAACUCUGGGCUCUUUCUCCACAGAGCAUCGUUUCCAAGAACGCCUUGCAGUUCCGCGGGAGCUCACAACACGACGCACAGGAGUUCCUGCUCUGGCUUCUGGACCGAGUUCAUGAAGAUCUCCACAAUUUAGUGAAGAACAGUGAUGGGAGAGCGGCUGUGAAGCCACCGUUGGAAGAAGAUUCCCUGAUUGAGGGAAGCCUCUUGCCAGUCAACAGCACUUUUGUUCAGGAACUCUUCCAAGCUCAGUACAGGUCAUCCUUGACUUGUCCUCAUUGCCAGAAGCAGAGCAACACUUUCGACCCUUUCCUCUGCAUUUCUCUGCCAAUCCCGCUGCCUCACACGCGCCCACUCUAUGUCACCGUGGUCUAUCGGGGGAAGUGUUCCCACUGCAUGCGCAUUGGAGUGGCCGUGCCUUUGUCUGGAACAGUGGCCCAGCUGAGGGAAGCGGUGGCCAGAGAAACCAAAAUACCUGCCAAGCAGAUUGUGCUCACGGAGAUGUAUUACGAUGGCUUCCACCGCUCUUUCUCUGACUUGGACGACCUGGACACGGUGCAAGAGAGCGACUGCAUCUUUGCCUUUGAGACCCCUGAGACCUUCUGGCCAGAGGGGAUCCUCAGCCAGAGAGGAAUCCAUGCCAACAGCAAUCUGAACCACUUGAAACACAGCCUCGACCAUGCCAGGUCUCCCACUUAUGCCCAGGUGAGGCUGGAGAGCGGCAGUGCCCAGACAAUGGCGGCAGCGGCUGCCCCGAGCAAUAAGCUGGUCAUCUUGGUGUGUAACAGAGCCUGCAGUGGGCAGCAGGGAAAGAGGUUUGGCCAGCCCUUUGUGCUGCAUUUGGAGAAGACCAUCCCUUGGGACCUUCUGCAGAAGGAGAUCUUGGAGAAGAUGCAGUAUUUCCUGCGCCCCUCAGCGUGCAUUCAGGUGUGUCCGUUCAGCUUGCGAGUGGUCAGUGCUGUGGGCAUCACGUACCUCUUGCCUCAGGAGGAGCGGCCUCUCUGCCACCUGAUGGUGGAACGAACCUUGAAGUCUUCUGGGACAGGCGGGACCCCCCACGUGAAGUUGGUGGUCGAAUGGGACAAGGAGACGAAAGACUACUUGUUCAUCAACACCGAGGAGGAGUACAUCCCGGAUGCCGAGAGCGUCCGCCAGCAGAGGGCGCUGCACCAGCAGCCUCAGUCCUGCACCUUAGCCCAGUGUUUCCAGCUCUACACCAAAGAAGAGCAGCUGGCCCCCGAUGAUGCCUGGCGCUGCCCCCACUGCAAGCAGCUGCAGCAAGGAAGCAUCAGCCUGAGCCUCUGGACGCUGCCUGACGUGCUGAUCAUUCACUUGAAGCGCUUCCGACAGGAAGGAGACCGGCGGAUGAAGCUGCAGAACAUGGUCCGGUUCCCCCUGACUGGCCUUGACAUGACCCCUCACGUGGUCAAGCGAAGCCAGAGCAGCUGGAGCCUGCCCUCCCACUGGUCCCCCUGGAGGCGCCCCUACGGUCUGGGUAGAGACCCCGAGGACUUCAUCUACGACCUGUAUGCAGUGUGCAACCACCAUGGCACGAUGCAGGGGGGGCAUUACACAGCCUACUGCAAGAACUCUGUGGACGGCCUCUGGUACUGCUUUGAUGACAGUGAGGUCCAGCAGCUGGCCGAGAACGAGGUGUGCAAGCCCACGGCCUACAUCCUCUUCUACCAGAGGCGGACGGCCAUUCCCGCCUGGUCAGCCAACAGUUCCGUGGCAGGUUCCACCAGCUCCUCCUUGUGUGAGCACUGGGUGAGUCGGCUACCGGGCAGCAAACCGCCCAGCGUGACCUCAGCGGCCUCCUCCAGGCGCACCUCCUUGGCUUCCCUCUCGGAGUCGGUGGAGCUGAUGGGGGAGCGGAGUGAGGAUGACGGAGGGUUUUCUACCCGGCCCUUCGUGAGGAGCGUCCAGCGCCAGAACCUGUCUUCCAGAUCCUCCGUGACCAGCCCUUUGGCCACCAAUGAAAAUGGGAUUCGCCCAUCGUGGUCCCUCUCUGCCAAGUUGCAGAUGCGCUCCAACUCGGCUUCUCCUGUCCACGGCUCCUCUUCCACCCUGGAGAGAAUCGGAGAGUCGGCCGAUGACCGCGUGGCCACUUCCUGCUUUGGUAGCCGGCGGAGUCUGUCCGGCAGCCCCCUGGAGCCCAGGGUAGGUGGAGGCAGCCACCGUGGACAGCAGGACUCUCUGACACUCGGCAGGGCCCCGCUGGCAGUCAUGGAAGGGGUCUUCAGAGAAGAUGCCCCAGCGUGGAAAGCCGCCGGCAAGGCAGAUACGCAGGCGGACAGAAACGGCCCUCCUCUGGGCCCCUUUGACAACAACAACCAGAUCGCCUUCGUGGACCAGAGCGACUCUGUGGAAAGCUCUCCGGUCAAGGACGCUCAGAAUUUUGGCUGUCUGGCCAAGCCGGACGGUGGCAGCCCCCUUCAGGCCCCUCCCUCCCAAGACAGCCUUGGGCAAGGCAGCGGCUUGAAGUCCGAGCGGGCAGUCUUGUCCAGCCAGGAUUCCCUGACGGCUCACCGGCCAGUCGCAUCCCCCCCUUCCUCCAAAGCCUUGCCGAAGGCCUCCCGUUCCCGGAACAAGCUGGAUUCAGGCAGGGCCAGUGGGCACCCUGCUUCCCCCGCAGCCAGGCCAGGCAAGAAAGAUGCUGCCGUGAAGGGCCCCGAGGCCACCUCUGCCACCUCCUCCCAGCCGAAGCACCGGCCGGUUUCCUCGCCGUCCUCGGCAGCAGCCAGAAGGAGCUCCUCGGGGGGCUCUGUGCGGGGACACCCCCCCUCGGGCAAGAGCAGGACUUCGGAGCGCGGCCUCAGCAGGGAGGGCUCUAAGCUGAGCAUGAGCUCGGAGAAGAGCGGGGCCGCUAGCCCACGCACAAACUCUCCCCGGCUGGGCCAGGCACGUGGGGAGGGCAGGGUGCCUGAGAGCAAGCACGUGCGCAGCACCUCCCUGGCCAGCCUGCGCUCGCCCGGCCCCGGCCCCCGCUCCAGCCUGAAGAGGGACAGCAAGUCAGAGGAGAAAGGCUUGUCCUUCUUCAAGUCCGCCCUGCGCCAGAAGGAGACCCGCCGGUCAGCUGACCUGGGCAAGACCAGCCUGCUGGCCAAAAAGGCGGGGGGAGGCUCCUGCAAGGCUGCUGGGAAGACCCUCUCGGAGGAGAAGCCUCCGGAGAAGGCAGCACUCCCCAAUGCCAGCGUGGCUGCCAAAGACCCCCUCAUGCCCAGCAAACGCUCCCUGCUUACCGCUUGCAAAUCCCAGUCUUCCCAGCCCGAGGGCAGCCCCAAGUCCCCGGGAGGGGGCAGGCCGGCCAUCAACAAGGCUCUGCCCAGACUCCCCCCGGGGGUCUCCUCCUCCACCCGCACAUCUUCUGUGUCGCCGUGAUCCGCCUCUACUCGGCUGCCUGGAGGGGUGGCCUCCUCCUCGUUUCCUGUGGAUGGGCGAACCUCGUUACUCAGGCCCCUCCCGGUUGUGCCCACUGUGCCAGUCACGGUGGGCAUUUGCAGGGCUGCCCAGGGACCCCCCCCAGCCCGUCCAUGGAGCCCUCCUCCUGGCACAACUGCAAGCCGGGAGGUCUCGCCAGGCGUGCCGUCCUGGGGCCAGCCAGGGCAGGUGGUGCCCAGCUCUGUGAGCUGAGAAGGCCCAGGAGGGAACCCGGGGCACAAGUGGUCCCCUGGUCCGGCUGUGCUGCCCUCCCUCCUUGUCUCCCCCUGUUGCAAGCUUCCCCAAGGGCAAUAUCUCAGCGCUCACAUUAUUUCUCAGGUAAAUGCUCAGCCAGAAGUAGGAGGAACCGAAGACUCUGAGAAAGGUGCCUUCUCUCUCUCUCUCUCUCUGUCUCUCUUUCUCUCCCUCUGUCUUCACAUUCUUUUCAUUCUGAAAGGUUUCUGUUGGGGGGAGGGGUGUUGCUGUUUUAAUGGCCGGCUUCUGGCGGGAGGGGCGCUCUGCUUUGGGGGACCCAACUGGACCAGGCUAUUUGUGUUCUUGCUUCUUCUCUGGG